GCCACAUCUUAGGCGAUAUGCUUCAUCUACAAAGCCGACUAGUACGUCGACAAUAGGUGACGAGACAAGACGACGAAUACAGGCAAAAAUAACCGCAAUAGAGAAAGAACGACCGUUCAGCAACUUUCUGACCGACAAAUUCAAUAGACAGCACACUUAUCUACGCAUUUCAGUGACCGAACGAUGUAACUUGAGGUGCACAUAUUGUAUGCCAGCAGAGGGCGUUGAUCUAACUCCUUCCGACAAAUUACUCUCUUCCGACGAGAUUAUUCGAAUAGCACGAUUAUUUGUUUCUCAGGGCGUCACAAAGAUACGCUUAACUGGAGGGGAGCCAACUAUACGCAAAGACAUUGUUGAUCUAGUCGGAGAACUCAAUAAGCUCAAACCGCUUGGUCUACAAACCAUUGCAAUGACGUCUAAUGGCAUUGCUUUACGAAAAAAAUUGCCUCAACUUGUCGAAAAUGGAUUAAAUCUGUUAAAUAUCAGCUUAGACACACUUGAUCCAUUUAAAUUUGAAUUAAUUACUCGCCGUAAAGGCUUGGAUCAAGUCAUCAGGACAAUCGACCAGGCAAUUGCACUUGGUCUACGCCCGGUGAAGGUCAAUUGUGUCGUAAUGCGUGGAAUAAACGAUAAGGAGGUCGCGGAUUUUGUUGAAUUCACACGCGAUCGGUCUGUCGACGUCAGAUUCAUAGAAUAUAUGCCUUUUGACGGAAACAAAUGGAGCGAAACCAAAUUAGUCCCAUAUAACACCCUUAUCGCCUUGAUCCGUUCCCGCUAUCCGUCAAUAUCAAAAGUCUCGGAUGACGCACAUGAUACUUCCAAAGCCUAUUACGUUCCUGGCUUUGCAGGUCGAAUAGGUUUCAUCACUUCGAUGUCCGAUCACUUCUGCGGCACAUGUAACAGACUACGUAUCACUGCUGAUGGUAAUUUAAAAGUGUGCCUCUUUGGAAAUGCCGAAAUAAGCCUGCGUGAUUUGAUGCGACAAAAUGUAUCCGAGAAGCAACUGUUAGAAAUCAUUGAAAUCGCAGUCAAAAACAAGAAGAAACAGCACGCAGCUUCACCUAGUCAUCAACCACGUUACUUUCAUCUACACUCUCAGCCGUCCAAAUAUCCAUUAUUUUCUCCAUUGACCUUUAUUUAUUUGUCUCCUUUGUACCGGACUCUUUCUUCCCCUAUUUUAACAUCACUUGUUCCGCGUAACACCUAUUCAACAAGAAAUUCUUUCUCGUCUCCUUUAUCUCAAUCCUCAUCCUCUGAUCAAUCCGACCAAUCCGAUCAAUCCCCUUCCCUUUCUCACAUUGACUCCAAGACAUCGGAACCAAGAAUGGUAUCUGUCUCUGCAAAAGCCAAGACGCAUCGCACAGCAAUUGCCCGAGGCCGUAUUGUUCUCCCUGAUGCAAUAUUCACGCUUCUUCGCUCGCAUUCUUUCUCCAAAGGUGAUGUCCUAACUGUAUCUCGCCUGUCUGGCAUCAAUGCUGCCAAACAAACGGGAUAUCUCAUUCCAUUAUGUCAUCCGUUGAAUUUGGAUCAUGUGCAUGUGGAUUUGAGAUUGAACGAAGAGACGAAUGCCGUUGAAAUAGAAGCAAAAGUUGAAUGCGAAGGAAAAACAGGCGUUGAAAUGGAAGCAUUAACCGCCGUUAGUUUGGCUGCAUUGACUGUGUUUGAUAUGUGUAAAAGUGCGGGAAAGGGUAUGGUUAUUGAGGAGAUUAGGUUGAUCGAAAAGAGCGGUGGGAAAAGCGGUUAUUGGAGAGCGGAAGAAGAGAAUUGA